AUGUUGCCAACCACAGGUGUCAUCACUUCCGCCGAAACCACUGCCAUCCGCUGCAUCCUCCCGAUAGUUGACAACCAAGAGUAUGUGGAGUCCAUUGUGGACCCCGGCUCGCAAAUCUGUGCGAUGUCGGAAGCUCUCUGCCACCGCCUCGCUCUCCAAUACGACCCCACCAUCGUGCUGCAGAUGCAGUCCGCCAACGGCGCGGUUACCCCAUCGCUUGGCGUCACUCGCAACGUCGCGUUUACGUUGCGCGACAUCGUGCUCUACCUCCAAGUCCAUAUAGUUCGCAAUCCCGCCUACGACGUCCUGCUCGGGCGUCCUUUUGAUGUUCUCACGCAGUCUGUGGUCCACAACUACAGCAACAAUGACCAGACGAUUACGAUCCGCGACCCCAACACUGGCCGAACCGCAACUGUCCCGACCAUCCCGCGUGGCUCGACAAAGGAGGGUUUUCUCAAGCUCAAGUCUUCACGUAUGAAGCACUGA